UCCGCAGUUAUUUUCCAGAAUAGCUGGAAGUGACAUAUUUAUUAAGGAAUACGGAAGAGCUGAUUCAUUUUUUCACUGAUAGGUAUCAAAAGAGGAGAUUUACAGGGUUGCUACUUGAAAGGUUGAUUCAGCGAAUAUUCCGAAGAUGAUUGUGGAGGAUUUAUAUAUUUCGACCCCAACGUUUGAGGUUAUUCAACCCCUGAUCAUUACCUCAAGAUUGUUUGGCCUCUUUCCCAUAAGUUACAAGAAAAAUGGUAAUAACUAUUGCCUAAAAUGGUCUAUCGUAUACGGGGUAUACAGUUAUUCGUUAUCUGUGGGAUUGGUGUUAUGGACAAUAACCGGUAUAGCAUUGGAUAUGAAACGUGAACCGCAACAUUCAUUACGUAUGACAGACGAGAAAACAAGGUUUGUUACCGGUGGGGAUUUUAGCAUUGUCGUCAUUAUCGUAAUUUUUGGAACUUUAACGUUGCAUUUAAAAGUGAAGAAAUUUUGGAAACUUAUGAUUACUCUUAAUCAGGCAGACAGCAUAAUUCCUUUCAAAAAUUCAAAACGCACUAGGAAGGCUUCAAUAAUCUUUCUAUCAACAAUAGUUGGUGCCGUAUCGUUUCUUAUGACAUUCGAUAUAGCUACCUGGUUUUUAAAAAUGAGCAGAAGGGGUAUGACACCCAUUUACUACCUAAGAUAUUAUUUCGCCUUCUACGUACUCUAUACCAUUAUUAUCAUGAAGGAAGCUUUUUAUUGGCAUGUUAUUUUUUUGAUAAAAAUACGAAUUUCUUUACUGAACAAAGAUUUGAAAAAGAUGAAGGAAAUAGCAAAUUUUAAAGAUGGAAACUGUUUUCUACAAAAAAUUGUUGGAAAGGACCACUUGGAUAAAGUUUCCGGCAGUACAGUAAGACAAAUUGGGCGGAAUACCAAUACUGCUAUUAAUGCUUAUAUUAAGAAUAAUGAAAAUAUAGACUUGGGAAAAAGAUUAAUAACUCUAUCGAUAUUUCACGAUAGAAUUUUUGAAGCAGUGGGUAUUGUAAAUAACUCCUUUGAAUUUUGUAUACAUGUUAUAAUGUUAAGCUGUCUUCUUCACUUAAUAGUGACACCUUAUUUUUUACUGAAAGGAUUAUUUGGCGAUGGAGAGCUUUAUUAUAUAUUACUUCAAUCAGCAUGGCUUAUAGGCCAUAUAGGAAGGGUACUUAUUAUUGUGGAGCCAUGUCAGUACUGCAUCAAUGAACACAAAAAGACUUCUGGAAUCAUUUGUGAAAUGUUAUCACACGAAGUAGAUGAAGAACUCAAAAAAGCCAUGACAAUUUUAUCUCUACAAAUAAGUUAUUGCAAAUUACAAUUUUCUUCUUGUGGAUUUUUUAAAAUCAAUAGAUCUUUGUUGACUUCCAUUGCUGGAGCGGUAACUACGUAUUUAGUUAUAUUAUUUCAAUUCAACGAUACAUAGUUUAAUACUGAUUUUAUAGUAAAUU